GAGGCAGGCGCGGCGGCGACGGCGGUGCCCGGGGCCCGCGGCGGCGGCGGCGGCAGCGAGGGGGGCGAAGAUGGCGGACGUGCUCAGCGUCCUGCGACAGUACAACAUCCAGAAGAAGGAGAUCGUGGUCAAGGGAGACGAAGUGAUCUUCGGGGAGUUCUCCUGGCCCAAGAACGUGAAGACCAACUAUGUCGUGUGGGGGACUGGAAAGGAAGGCCAACCCAGAGAAUACUACACAUUGGAUUCUAUUUUAUUUCUACUUAAUAAUGUGCACCUUUCUCAUCCUGUUUAUGUCCGACGUGCAGCUACCGAAAAUAUUCCUGUGGUUAGAAGACCUGACCGAAAAGAUCUACUGGGAUAUCUCAAUGGGGAAGCAUCAACAUCAGCAAGCAUAGAUAGGAGCGCCCCCCUGGAAAUAGGUCUUCAGCGGUCCACUCAAGUCAAAAGAGCUGCAGAUGAAGUUUUAGCAGAAGCAAAGAAACCACGAAUUGAGGAUGAAGAGUGUGUGCGUCUUGAUAAAGAGAGAUUGGCAGCUCGUUUGGAAGGCCAUAAAGAAGGGAUUGUACAGACUGAACAGAUUAGGUCUUUGUCUGAAGCCAUGUCAGUGGAAAAAAUUGCUGCAAUCAAAGCCAAAAUUAUGGCUAAGAAAAGAUCUACUAUCAAGACUGAUCUAGAUGAUGAUAUAACUGCCCUUAAACAGAGGAGUUUUGUGGAUGCUGAGGUAGAUGUGACCAGAGAUAUUGUAAGCAGAGAAAGAGUGUGGAGAACAAGAACAACCAUCUUACAGAGCACAGGAAAGAAUUUUUCCAAGAAUAUUUUUGCAAUUCUUCAGUCUGUAAAAGCCAGAGAAGAAGGGCGUGCCCCUGAACAGCGGCCUGCUCCAAAUACAGCCCCCGUGGAUCCCACAUUGCGUACGAAGCAACCUAUCCCAGCUGCCUACAACAGAUACGACCAGGAAAGAUUCAAAGGCAAAGAAGAAACGGAAGGCUUUAAGAUUGAUACUAUGGGCACGUACCAUGGCAUGACACUGAAAUCUGUAACGGAAGGUGCAUCUGCCCGUAAGACUCAGACUCCUGCAGCCCAGCCUGUGCCUAGACCAGUUUCUCAAGCAAGACCUCCCCCAAAUCAGAAGAAAGGAUCACGAACACCCAUCAUUAUCAUCCCUGCAGCUACCACUUCUUUAAUAACUAUGCUUAAUGCAAAAGACCUUCUACAAGAUCUAAAGUUUGUCCCAUCAGAUGAAAAGAAGAAACAAGGUUGUCAACGAGAAAAUGAAACACUAAUACAGAGAAGAAAAGAUCAGAUGCAACCAGGGGGCACAGCCAUUAGUGUCACAGUACCUUAUAGAGUAGUAGACCAGCCCCUGAAACUGAUGCCUCAAGAUUGGGAUCGGGUUGUAGCUGUUUUUGUUCAAGGUCCUGCUUGGCAGUUCAAAGGUUGGCCAUGGCUUCUACCCGAUGGAUCACCAGUUGACAUAUUUGCUAAAAUUAAAGCCUUCCAUCUCAAGUAUGAUGAAGUUCGUCUAGAUCCAAAUGUUCAAAAAUGGGAUGUAACAGUAUUAGAACUCAGCUAUCAUAAGCGUCAUUUGGAUAGACCAGUUUUCUUACGUUUCUGGGAAACAUUGGAUAGAUACAUGGUAAAGCAUAAAUCCCACUUGAGAUUCUGAAUCAUUUGAUUCCUCCAUUUCUGAAAUCUUGGUUUAAGAAGCAUGGAUAUAGCUUGAUCUACAGACUGAAACCCAAGCUUUAUGAAUUCAUCAAGAACUUGCAAAUGAAGAAGGCCACAGAGCAGUCUUUUAUAAGACCUUGUUUGAUGCUGUGUGCUUCAAAGGGGCAUUGCCUCCCAUCCAUACAAGCAAACUUUUUUGGCUUACAACUAUUUUUUUAAUAUUAGCCUUCUAGUCUGUAAUGGAAAUUGUAUAUUUUGAUAGAAGCUUUUUCUCUAUUGGUUAAAUUAGCAUUACUUAAAGAUUUGUUUCUUUAGAAAUAAAUACAGGUUAUAAAUGUGUGUAUAUUUAGAAGUUAUUAGGCUCUCUAAGCCAUCUUGCUUCUGAUUUUUCAUUGCUCUAUGAUUCCUUUUACUGGAAAAUACUGUCAUGAAUGGUUUUAAAUUUUAGACUCUAGAACUUCCACCCCCUUCAGAGGGAAGUAACUAUUAAAUCAGUUGAAAGUUG